AUGGUCCACCUCUUCGAGCGCCGCCGCCUAUGCAACUGUACCGUGCUUCAUGUCAUUUUGAUCCUAUGUCAUGUAUUCCUCUUUCAAUGUUCCGAACAGGUUUCUGCGAUGUUUGCUCCCGGCCCCCUCGUCCGCAUCUCGCAGCUUGCAUCAAAAGAGAAUGUGCGCAUGUACAAUACAACGCGGCAAGCCCUCAAAAUCAACAAGAAUACGAAAGUAAUAAUUCAAGGGAUUACAGGAAAACAAGGGACCUUUCACGGAAAACAAAUGAUUGACUAUGGAACGAAGGUGGUGGGUGGUGUGAACCAAAAGAAAGCUGGUGAAAAACAUCUCGGUCUACCAAUAUUCAGGGAUGUUAAGGAGGCUCGUGAAAAGACAGGAGCGGAUGCAUCCGUAAUCUAUGUACCAGCUCCUUUUGCAGCCGGUGCUAUCAACGAUGCGAUUGACGCUGAGAUCCCCCUCGUCGUAUGCAUUACCGAAGGAAUACCUCAACAAGACAUGGUUCGUGUCAAAGAUCGAUUAGUAAAGCAAAAUAAAACUCGGCUUGUCGGUCCCAAUUGUCCUGGAAUAAUUGCAGCAGAAGAGUGUAAGAUUGGUAUUAUGCCGGGACACAUCCAUAAGAAGGGUGUUAUUGGAGUUGUAUCAAGAUCUGGUACCUUAACUUAUGAAGCAGUCCACCAAACGACUGCAGUAGGCCUUGGACAAACUCUUUGCGUUGGGAUUGGUGGGGAUCCUUUCAAUGGAACGAACUUUAUAGAUUGUCUAAGCAUUUUCUUGGAGGAUCCUCACACAAAAGGUAUUAUUCUCAUCGGAGAAAUUGGUGGAUCCGCAGAAGAAGAAGCUGCUAAUUUCCUCAAGGAAAACAAUACUGGUCGCUCAAGAAAGCCUGUUACAUCGUUUAUUGCUGGUUUAACGGCGCCUCCUGGAAGGAGGAUGGGACACGCCGGUGCUAUUAUCAGUCAUGGAAAGGGCACUGCUUCCGAAAAAAUUAAUGCAUUGAAGGAGGCCGGUGUACAUGUGACCGAUUCUCCAUCACAACUUGGAGUUACAAUAGCUAGAGCACUUCUUGAAAAAGUUACUCACUUGGAUAACUAA